AGCAGAAUUGGUGAAUUAUGUAUGCAAACAUGGUGGGUGGGUUUUCUGUCAGAUGCAGGUGGUCCUACACACAUUGGGCUUUUUACAUGUCACUCUGUCAAGACAACUCAUUUUCAUUCCCGGAGCCUGUCAUGCCCCACCGCGCCUACAAAUGGCCACGAAAAUAAUUCAUUUUUUGGUAAAUGGCAAAGUGGAGCGAGCAGAGUUUAGAGCAGACUGCACGACUGAAGAUGUUAAAGACCUGUUCCGAGCGGCAGCGGAGGCGUCUCCUCAUCACAUCCUGAAGCUGUACAAAGCCAACGGCAGCGUGGUGAAUAUCUCGCCCAUGCUGGAGCCCAACAGCCAGGACUCGUACUACCGGCUGGAGGUGGUGGCAUCUGAUCUUCAGAGCAUUGGUGUAAAAAGUGACGUGGACAACAUGGAGAGCAGGUUGUGUCACCUAGAAACCAAAGUCCAGCAAGAUGCAGGCAACACUCCAGAAAUUAUCAAUAACCUCAAAAGUCAGGUGGAGUCUUUCAAACGAAAGCUGGAGAGCGUCAAGCACCUGAGCUGGAUGGGUUUGUUCAGGGAUGAGAGUCCACAACAGCUUUCAAAGUUCCCAGCGAAAGCCAAAGGGCUUCAGUUGAACAUAGAAGAGGAGCAUCGGGAGGUUCGCAAGAAGUUCCUCAACAUGAGCUCGCUGCGGGUGAUAGAAGAAGUGAGACAGCAACUGAAAACUCCCAUGUUUGACAAUUGGCAGUGGGAGGAGCCAGAGAUGCUGGUACUCCUCCAGGUGAUGUUCACCGACCUGGACUUCCUGACAGUGUUUCACAUCGAAGUGGAUGUUCUCCGGAACUUCCUGUUUGAGGUCUACUGCCACUACAACAACAUCCCCUUCCAUAACUUCCAGCACUGCUUCUGCGUUACGCAGAUGAUGUACGGGCUCAUUUGGCUGACAGACAUCUGGAGCAAACUAGAUCCAAUGGACCUUCUGAUCUUGUUGACCUCUGCGCUAUGCCAUGACCUGGACCACCCCGGCUACAGCAACGUCUACCAGAUCAACGCCCAGACCGACCUGGCUCUUCGUUACAAUGACAUCUCACCGUUGGAGAACCACCACUGCGCAGUGGCCUUCGGCAUCCUGGCCAAGGAGGAGUCCAACAUCCUCAAGCACGUGACCACGGAGCAGUACAAACACAUUCGAGCAGGGAUGAUCAGGUGCAUUCUGGCCACCGACAUGGCGAGACACAACGAAAUCCUCAAUAAGUUCAAGAGCGUCCAGCCUGUCUUUGACUUCAAAAACACGGAUCACACUGAAGUGUUAAUGAAGAUCAUGGUGAAGGUGAGCGACAUCUCCAACGAGGCCAGGCCGAUGGCGGUGGCCGAGGCCUGGCUGGACUGUCUGCUGCAGGAGUUUUUCAACCAGGGGGACGCAGAAAAACUCAAAGGACUUCCGGUGACUCCAUUUAUGGACCGUGACAAAGUGUCCAAGCCGUCCUCCCAAACCAGUUUCAUUCGCUUUGUCCUGUUGCCGCUCUUCACAGAGAUCACCAAGCUCUUUCCCUGUCUGGAGCAACAUAUUCUGGAGCCAGUGAGGCGGGCCCUGGAGUACUACUCGGACCUGGAGCGAGCCACUCAGCAGGAGGCGGCGGCGGCGGCAAACAAACCCUGAUGAGUAAAACGUUCAAAGUUAUGAUUUAGCAAAUGUGUGCCAGGGAGGGUCGUGUUGACAUAAUCACAGAACCCAACUGUUUAGCAUAUUCAAGAUUAGCUAAACAUUUUAUUAUGUACGACUGCAUUUAUAUGUUCCAACCAAAGUGCAAAUGUCUGAUAAACAAUUAAUUCAGGUGUCUCGAACAAAACACUAUGAACUCAUAUAAAUACACAAACAUGACAAAUUAUUUUGGCAUUUCAAGACAGAAUAUUUAGAUCAACAUUUACAUAUGAGGAAUUCAGUGUGACAGAAGGGAGCAGCUGAUUUAUGUUAGGGUUUUUUUUUUUUCAUCACAACAAAAAAAAAACAUGGCAGGAUAUUAAAGAUGCCACCUUGGGCAAACAUUUUAGUUUUUAAUCACGGGACAAAUGAAAUCCUGCGGAAGUGGAAGCGUGCAGUUUUCCAAUGUCCAGAGUACUUGCUGACAUUGCAGUGAUUAGAUGCAUUUGAGUAUUAAAAUAAUCCGUUAAAAUAAUGAUCCGUUAAUAGUCUGCCCAACCAAUGAUUCCUUUGAGCCUUCGAAAAAGACACGAGCACAGAUAAAGUGGUACCUUGACUUACGAGUUUGAUUUGUGACGGAUUUUCUCGUACAGCGCUGCCUUAAGAUACGAGCUUAGCCAUUCGUUGCACCUUAUUCGGCCGAGUCACGCAGACAAAACUGAAAAAGAGUUUCACAACUACUGUGAGUGAGCACAAUCCAUUUUAGUUUGUCAAAAAAAUAAAUAAAAUAUGAUUGUGAGUAGUGUUGAAUUGUCUGUUUACAUAUGUUGCUGCACUGUUUGUGUUCAAACCUUCGUUGCUUAAAGCGCUAUAACAUCACAACCGUUAUGUGUUUGUUUUAUUACAUCUGUAAUGAUUUUAGUUUUAUUACGUCUCAUUAAACUUCAACUGGGAGUGGCAUUAAACAACUUGAAGACUUUUUUUUCUCACUAUCUGCCAAUUUUCUUUUAGAUCACUAUCACCACUUGUAUAUCAAAAAUAGAAAAAUGUCCAAGCAACUCAUAUUUGGGAAAAAAACAAAAAAAAAACCAAGUUGCUUUACUCAUAUCUCAAGGUACUGCUGUACAGUACAGUAAAUGAAGUAAUGACGGGCGGAAAUUGUGGCAUUUGUGUUUGCCGUCUAGUGGUAACGUAUCUGAAGCUCGCAAACAUUCAUUAGAAAGAAAAAAAAAAACA